AAAGAUGGCGCCAGCGAGGUGGAUGAUGGUGUUUUUCGCUCUGUCCCUUUCCGUAAGACUGACCGCCGCGUUGGAGCCCUUCACCACCUCCGCCGUCUUGAUCGGAGCUGCCUCUACAGCCUAUUAUUAUUUCAACUGUCGCUUUCAGGAAUGUUGCACCAAGGACUGGGUACCGCUGGAUGUCAAAGGAUUGGAAACCUCCUUAAAGGAGCAGCUGUUUGGACAACAUAUUGCAUUGGAUGUGAUUCCAAAGGCGAUCGAAGGCUUCCUGAGUAAUAAGGAUGCAAAGAAACCUCUCACCCUUUCUCUACAUGGCUGGACUGGUACUGGCAAAAGCUUUGUCAGUAGAAUAAUAGCUGAAAGCCUGUAUAAAAAUGGAAUGAACAGUAAAUAUGUUCAUAAAUUUGUGUCUUCUUACCACUUCCCCAAUGUUCAACAUACCAACAAGUAUAUACAACAGUUGCAGGACUGGAUUCGUGGGAAUGUUAGCCUGUGUAAGCGGUCACUGUUUAUUUUUGAUGAGAUGGACAAAAUGAACCCUGAGCUCAUUGAUUCCAUUAAGCCAUUUCUGGAAUACUACAGCCACCUUGAUGGAGUGGUUUAUCGAAAGGCAAUGUUCAUCUUCCUGAGCAAUGCUGGUGGUGAGAAGAUAAACGAUGUUGUGCUAGAUUUCUGGCAGCGUGGGAUGAAAAGAGAAGAUAUUCAACAGAAAGACUUGGAGAAUAGUCUGUCCUUAGAAGUCUAUAACAACAAAAAUAGUGGAUUCUGGCACACCCAUCUCAUUGACAAAUAUCUGAUCGAUUAUUUUAUUCCUUUUCUGCCACUGGAGUACAAACACGUUGUGUUGUGUGCAAAAGCUGAAUUGUACACGCUGCAUCUUGAAGAUGUUGACCAAGUGGCCAUCAAAGUGGCCACAGAGAUGGUAUACUUCCCAAAGGACCAAAGAGUCUUUUCAGUCAAGGGCUGCAAAACUGUGGCUGCAAAGGUGAAUUAUUGGACAGCCGCAGAUUCAAAACUGUAGAAUAUUUCUGUUUUUUCAAAAUGCCUAUGAUGCAUCACAGAGAAGAAAAUCAAAUUAUGAAAUCCCUAUUUAUUUGGAGAACUUUAGGCUGAUCACUUCAAUGUUUACAUAAAUGAAAGACUUGAUCCAGAGUUUUCUGAAACUUUUAACCUCUUGUGUGUGAAGCAUUCUGUUUCUAUGACAAAUCAAGACUGCAAAACUGAAGCUAUUAUUUCGGCAUUUUUAUAUCUUUGUAUAAAUGGUGAGCUUUGCACUUGACAUUUGAUUGAAUGAAACUUGAGGGUUGUGAGCCACAAACUAACCUGAUGGUCUCGGUACUUAAGAGAAAAUGAAAAUUGUAGCAACAUGCCAAGUCUACAACCGAAAACACACUUAUUUUCUUUGACCAUGCACUGAAAUAGUGUAAUUUUUUUAGCUGUUAUUUGCUGAAUAAUUCUUUGCGGAGUCUGUUUCAUGUGUCUAGCACAAGUAACUACAAAGUGGUGGCCAUGUUUUGAUGGUUUAUGGGAAUGUGGUUUUAAUAAGACUUUUAGGAACCAUUUCUGUAUGUUGGGUUCUGUUCUGUAUUGGGGCAAUGUGUUUGCCUUUCAGUUAAAUCCUGAGUCUAAAUUUAAAUGCAUAUUAAUGGGAUAAAUUCUCUUUUCCUCUCUCUCUGUCUCUGUCUCUGUCUGUCUGUCUGUGUGUGUCUCUCUCUCUCUCCCGCAGUUUUUUGUAUGUGUUUGUCUCUCAAUGUAUUUCUGUUCUUCUGUCCCUCACUGUCUAGAUAGCUCUUUCUUGUGCUUGUAGUUGUCAUGUUCGCUGUCUUUUGCCUUUUAGUUUAUAAAUAUCAAAAAUGAAACAUGUUACAGCAACCUUAGUCUAGAUUCCAGUGGCUCUGAGUCCACAGCAAUUUUGCACUAAUGAAUGUAUUCAGAUUACACUUGAAUGAUGGAAAAUGGUUCAAGGAGAAAGUGCAUCUUCUCCAGUGAUCACUCUUGAAAUUUUUUGUCUUAGCUUUUCUUCAAUAACUUAGUUGUGGCCUAAUUUCACAAAAGAAUAGCUUUCAAUGGGGCUGUAGAAUGGUGACACUGAAAUAAACAGGUACAGGGAAUGGAAACUGUUUUUGGAGGAGUGUUAAUGUUUGCACAUUUCUUCUCAUCACCUUGUAAAUGGGAACAUUUGAUAUGACUGCAUGUUACAAAUGGGAAGUUUGUUGGACUAAUCUAGAAGUUUAUUUUUUAAAUUACAGAUCUGUAUGUAAACACUUAUUUCUUGGGUUAUACUAUGAUUCUGGUUUUACCAUUGUUAGAUACAAUAUUGUUAUAACUUUGAAAUUAAUGAAAUUAUUAACUCAGAUUUUAUUUUACAAUCAGAACAGCAACACUACGCAAUUCUGGCUGCUCUGAGUUUUAUUUACGGUGUUUAACUCACCCAGGAAUUGUUUCCCUAUUCAUCAUUUAUCCCAAACAGACUUUCAGAUUAUGCUGCUGCUUAGUAUAACGUGCAUUGGGGAAGCACUGAGUAAAGUUAAUCAAUUUUAAAGUUACUAUGAAGAGGGAGAAGAAAGAUUAGGAGAAAUUCCUUUUACAUUGAUUUUUGGAGUGGGGAUACUUUGCAAAAUAAACAGGCAGAUGAAGCACAUUGGUUGGGCCAUUGUUGGAAUAUUGCGUGCAAUCCUGGUCUCCUUCCUAUCGGAAACAUGUUGUGAAACUUGAAAGGGUUCAGAAAAGAUUUACAAGAGUGUUGCCAGGGUUGGAGGAUUUGAGCUGUAGGGAGAGGUGAACAGGCUGGGGCUGUUUUCCCUGGAGCAUCGGAGGCUGAUGGGUGACCUUAGAGGUUUAUAAAAUUGAGGGGCAUGGAUAGGAUAACUAGACGAAAUCUUUUCCCUGGGGUCGGGGAGUCUAGAACUAGAGGGCAUAGGUUUAGGGUGAGAGGGGAAAGAUAUAAAAGAGACCUAAAGGGCAACUUUUUCACGCAGAGGGUGGUAUGGGUAUGUAUUGAGCUGCCAGAGGAAGUGGUGGAGGCUGGUACAAUUGCAACAUUUAAGAAGCAUUUGGAUGGGUAUAUGAAUAGGAAGGGUUUGGAGGGAUAUCGGCCAGGUGCUGGCACGUAGGUCUAGAUUGGGUUGAGACAUCUGGUCGGCAUGGACGAGUUGGACCAAAGGGUCUGUUUCCAUGCUGUACAUCUGACUUUUAAGUAUUUACAAAGGCAUUUGCGUUCAGAAGUUGAUAUGUCUAACUAUAGUUGUACAGGACCUUGGUGAGACUGCAUAUGGAGUAUUGUGUGCAGUUUUGUGCUCUCUGCCUAAGAGAGGACAUGCUUGCCUUAGAUGGAGUAUGGUCAAGGUUCACUAGGCUGAUAUUGUGGAUGACAGGACUGACCUGUGGGAGAGAUUGGUUUGACUGCACCUAUAUUUACCAGAGUUUAGAAAGAAUGAGCGGGAAUCUGAUGAAAUUGCAUAAAAUAAUCAGGAUGGACAGACUAAAUAUAGGGACUUUACUCCUCCAGAUUGGGGAGUGUAGAGCUAGGGGUCACAGUCUCCAGGGGAUUAGCCGUUUAGGCUGAGAUGAGGAAACAUUUCUUCACAUGAUGGGGGUGAUCAAUCUGUGGAAUUCACUAUCACAGAAGCCGGUGGAGACCGGUCACUGAGUGUAUUGAAGAAAGCAUUUUUAGAUGGUAAACGUGUCAAAGGGUCAGAAGAGAAGGCAGAAAUAUAGUGUUGAGAUAGAGGAGCGGCCAUGAUCAGAUUGAAUGGCGAUGAUGUGGAGAUGCCAGUGUUGGACUGGGGUGGACAAAGUCAGAAGUCACACGACACCAGUUGCAACAGGUUUAUAUAAAAUCACAAGCUUUCAGAGCAUGGCUCCUUCAUCAGGUGAAGCAGCAGUGCUCAGAAAGCUUGUGAUUUUAAAUAAACCUGUUGUACUAUAGCCUGGUGUCAUGUGACUUCUGACUGCAUGGUGGAGCAGGCUCAAAUGGCCAAAUGGCUUCCUGCUGCUGUUAGUUUCCACGUUGUCAUGUAGCGAUCGUUGCAGAGACUACUGCAUUUUUGAUGUAAAAUGCAGGUAUUUGACAUGGAGGAAACUACAUAGGGUGAAAAGCUAUUGGAUUUUUUUUUAUAUUCCUCCAGCGAGGAGCUAACACAAAAGGUCAAAUAUGCUGCUUAUGUGUAUCAGGCCAGUAUUGAUUAAAUUCCAAUUUAUGGUAGGAUGCAAAUAAAUUAUUGGUACUACAAAAUGGGA